AUGUAUCAUUAUGAGGAGGUGCUAGAUGACCAAGCCAGCAUUUUGCCCCAUCCUGUCUCCUUGACGAUUUCAGGCAAUCGAAUACUUUCCCUAUCAAAAGUUCUGAUGAUGUCAACAAGGAUGCGGAACAAGGAAAAUCUGCCGCCAUCGGAUUCUGUGGUGCAAGAGAUUGUAAAUGAAAAUAACGUGGCCAGAGUUGAGGUGGACAUUGCCAUCCCUGCCAAGUCUCCAAAGCUCAAGAAGAAAAGGAAAGGUGCAGAGACCAAGCAGGAGACGGGAUGUGCUGAAUUUGCGGAGGUCACAGAGCACUGUGAGGAGACUGAUUUGCAGGAGAAAAUCAAGGAAAAUGUCUGCACCAGGACGGGGGAGGAUAAUGAUGUCUCGGCUAAGUCACCAGCACUCAAGAAAAAAAAGAAAAGGAAAAUUAGUGACAAGGGAGCGACUGAUGCCAAGAAAGUAAAAACCGAGGACAUCCUGGACGGGGUAAAUGGAGAAUUUGAAGAGCAAAAUUCAGCAGCCGUUAAUGCUGAGAUUGAGGAAGAGGAGGAAUCACACAGUUUGCCGAUGGGGUUAACAGGUGCUUUUGAGGACACUACGUUCUCUUCUCUGGCAGAUUCUGUAAAUGAGAACACGCUGCGAGCCAUUUCUGAGAUGGGCUUCACCCAUAUGACUGAAAUUCAACAUAAAACCAUCAGGCCCCUGCUAGAAGGAAGGGACGUCCUGGCUGCAGCCCGCACUGGCAGUGGUAAAACACUGGCGUUUCUCAUCCCAGCUAUAGAACUGAUCUACAAACUCAAAUUUAUGCCCCGAAAUGGUACGGGCGUUCUGAUCCUGUCACCAACGCGGGAGUUGGCCAUGCAGACCUAUGGCGUUCUCAAGGAGUUGAUGGCUCAUCAUGUUCAUACUUAUGGGUUGAUCAUGGGGGGCAGUAACCGUUCUGCAGAGGCCCAGAAACUCGCCAAUGGUGUUAACAUUGUGGUGGCAACACCUGGGCGUCUGCUUGAUCAUAUGCAGAACACACCUGGCUUCAUGUACAAGAACUUGCAGUGUCUGGUGAUUGACGAAGCUGAUCGAAUCCUCGAGGUCGGAUUUGAACAGGAAAUGAAACAAAUUAUCAAUCUGCUGCCAAAGCGCCGGCAGACCAUGCUGUUUUCUGCCACUCAGACUCGCAAGGUGGAGGAUCUGGCUAGGGUCUCCCUGAAAAAGGAGCCAUUAUAUGUUGGCGUGGAUGACCACAAAGACACAGCUACGGUUGACGGAUUGGAACAGGGCUAUGUGGUAUGUCCGUCUGAGAAGAGAUUCCUCUUGUUGUUCACUUUUCUGAAGAAGAAUCGCAAAAAGAAGAUGAUGGUUUUCUUCUCCUCCUGCAUGUCUGUGAAAUAUCACUACGAACUUCUCAAUUACAUUGAUUUACCAGUGAUGGCAAUACACGGUAAGCAGAAACAAACAAAGCGGACCACCACGUUUUUCCAGUUCUGCAAUGCUGAUUCUGGGAUCCUGCUGUGUACAGAUGUCGCAGCUAGGGGACUGGACAUUCCCGAGGUAGACUGGAUUGUCCAGUAUGACCCUCCUGAUGACCCCAAGGAAUACAUCCAUCGUGUUGGCAGGACAGCUCGCGGUAUCGAUGGGAAAGGUCACGCUUUACUGAUCCUAAGGCCUGAGGAACUGGGCUUCCUGCGUUAUCUGAAGCAAGCUAAGGUACCACUGAGUGAAUUUGAAUUCUCGUGGAGUAAAAUUUCUGAUAUCCAGUCUCAGCUGGAGAAGCUGAUUGAAAAGAACUAUUAUCUGCACAAAUCUGCCCAGGAAGCUUACAAAGCGUAUAUCCGCGCAUACGACUCCCAUUCACACAAGCAGAUAUUCGAUGUGAACACCCUGGAUCUCCCAAAAGUGAGCCUGUCCUUCGGCUUUCAAGUUCCUCCCUAUGUGGAUCUGAAUGUAAACAGCAGCGGCGGAAAAAAGUUGCAGAAGCGAGGAGGCGGUGGUGGAUUUGGUUACCAGAAACCCAAGAACAUGUACAAAACCAAGAUAUUCAAACAUAUUAACAAGAGUGGCCGAGGAGGGGGGCGCCAGUUUACUCGCUGAGGUGUCUGUUUUAAAUCUCGCCAAAGACUCCAAAAGCCUUAUGGUUAUUUGAUAUCCCAGGAGCUUGUGUUGGGUGUAAGAUAC